AUGGCCGAAAAAUUCAAGGCUCGGCGGUUGAUAGACCUCAUCAGAGGGGUGGACAACGUGCCCGUCGGCUGGGACUACAACGGCCUCUACAAGUUACUUCUCCCCAACGACUCUAGGACACACGGUUACCUCACUUCAAAUACUGUCGCCAAGCUGCCAUGGAUAUCGGAUUUCUCAGUCGACCACAAAGACAGGAUUGUCCGGGUUGCUGUGGCCGAGGCUGAAGCUGAUCGCAUCAACGCCGCCUUCCAGGCCGUGGUCGAUGGUGCUAUUGCAUUAGGCACUUCAGUAUUCCCGAACCUGACAUCUCAUAGUGAGAUGGUUCGCAUCAUCGGCGCGAAAGAGUACCCUUUGAAGACACCCCAUCAACCAGAACCUAUACGCCUAGAACGGUUUGCCGCGUCGCUGUUCGGGAUAUGCAGCCGUGGUGCCCACUUGACAGCUUACGUGCGAGACACAACUCAGCCUGCCUCAAGAGGCUUGAGGGUGUGGGUGGCCCGCCGCGACGCGAACCUCCAUACCUACCCGGGAAUGCUAGACACGACGGUCGCGGGCGGCGUCAAAGCAGAAGACACACCUCGGCAGUGUAUCGUGGCCGAAUCGGACGAGGAGGCGGCGCUGCCGCUCCCUUACGUCGAGAAGAACAUUGUCACUGCCGGAGUUGUGACGUACGUCAGCCAGAGCAAGAAGACGGGCCAGGUGCGGCCGACCGUCCUGUACGUUUACGAUCUGGAGCUCGGGGAGGGCAUGCGGCCUCAGCCCAAGGAUGGCGAGGUGGAGGAGUUCUACUUGAUGACGGUGGAUGAGGUUACCAAGGCGAUGAUGGGCGGGGAGUUCAAGCCGAACUGCUGCCUGGUGAUGCUGGAUUUCUUCGUCCGGCACGGGAUCAUCACGAGUGAGAACGAGAAGGAUUACCUGGACAUUGUGACGGGGCUCAGGAGGAAGCUUCCUGUGCCGGUGACACCGCACGAGUUGUAG